UUAAGAUGAGUUCAAAAAAAAUUGUUAAAAAAUUUUGGUUUUGUGAUUUAUCCUCUGCUAACAGCAAUUUGAAAUUAUUUCAAAGAUAUAAUAGCACUUAUUUCCUACAUGAUGAUGGAUAUAAUUUGAAUAUUUUAUCUUCUCAUGGUCAAUUAAAUCAGGAUUUAGGUUUUUUCUUGUGGUUAAAAAUCAAAGAUAUGGAAGGUGAUGUAUGGGUUCCCCUAAUACCAGAUAUUCUGCUUGGCAAAAAUUUUCUUAGGUUGUCAAUUGAGAAAGACCUAAAUAAAGAAUCUGAUUCUCUUUUAUAUACUUGGGAAGACUAUGGAGAUGAUUGUACUUUUAAAAUCAACAAUAUCAUUAGGUCUAACACUUCAAAUAAUAUGUUUAAUUUGCAAUAUAAUUUUGAUUUUAAUGAGAAAAUAUCUAUUCCAUAUUUAUUAGGAUUUAACAAUAUUGAAAAUGUUAAUUAUCUUCAUGGAUUA